CGGCUAAAACAAAAAUUUCGGGUGGUGAUUCACAGGCCCCUUUUCCAUAGUAAUUAGUGAAAACUUUUGUUAAAAUUACGCCAAAAAUAUUCGAGUGUUUGUAAAGUGUCCAUUUUUUCACAUGUCACUGCAGAUAAUCACGCAUUAGCGUGAUUGCGAUUCUCGUUCAAUUUUGGUUCAUUUUUUUCGCCAUCGACAUGUUCGAGAGAAAUUACAACCAAAUAGUGGAUGGUCGAAGGACAAUUUAUCGAUCAAGUGUGGAAUUACUUUGGAAUUUGUCGCGUUUGACGGAAGAAAGUGUCGCAUUAAGAAGUCGCGAGAAUUCUUACAUGAUAAGUGAAUCCAAUCAGCUGCUACUGAGCACGAUUGAUCCACAUAUGAACUGAAUUCCAAUCGAGAAUUGGAAGAAUUAUUUUAGCAAAAAACUGAAAAAAAUAUAAAAAUAAAGUGAAAAAUGUUUUCGUUCCAUAAGCCAAAGGUUUACCGGUCAUCAACAGGCUGUUGUAUCUGCAAAGCGAAGUCGAGCAGUUCACGUUUCACAGACUCAAAAAAGUACGAAUAUGACUUCAUCGAGUGUUUCCAGCUGGAAACGCCACGCAAGGGAGAGAUUUGCAAUGCCUGCGUCUUGCUUGUGAAACGAUUCAAGCGUCUUCCGCCCGGCAGUGAUCGUCAUUGGGGGCACGUAGUAGAUGCUCGUGUCGGUCCCGGCCUCAAAUCUAUGACAAAAUUCAAGAAACGCAAAGAUGACGGCAAAGAAGAAAAAGCAACUUCGACAAAAAGUGUCGCCGCAUCGCAAAAAUCUGCCGAAAAGAACACAAUUUCAUGCGUGCCCGAGCGUUUCAGCAAAAUUUUCAAGAAAACAAAGAAAAAGCCCGUCGAAAACGGCACCGCAGUGCUAAAACUCAAAAAGCAACCACAAAAGAAGGACAUGGAUUCAAGCGGAUCUGACGGCGAGUCGUCGCCAAAUAGCCCAAUGUCGAGUUUGAGUGACGGUGACUCGAGUAACGGCGUGCCUGAUGGCAAUGAUGGUGCUCCAAAAGCUGUCAGCUCGAAAUAUAAGCGGAAAAAUUAUCAUCCGUUCAAGAAUAAGAGGAAACAGGAGGAUUUGGUGCUGUUCGAUACGCAAUGUUGGAAGAAAAAAAUGACGUGUUGCGGCGUCGUGUACGAAAAUCCCAUGAUAAGUGCUGUUAUUAUCGACGUUUUGCGUGCCGAGCCCUGUCCCGAGCACAAAAUUCGACGAAAAACGAGCGUCGUGAAGAAAGAAGUCGACUUGGAACACGAAUUAAAUGGAAAUUGCAACACAGACGACCUUCUAAUCAAGCUCACGGACGAGCAAAUCCAAGAAAAUAUCGAAAAUGCAUCGCAUACCGGUUUCAACAAGAUCACAAAAAUGUCAGAUUUGUUCAAUACGAACACCACGGCAUUCAAAAAGCAUCAUUUGUACAGCAAACGAGGCAAUAAUGUCUUAAUUCCCGCCAACGGGAGUGACGACAACAAAAAAUCCGCCACGCAGAAGACUGAUAUCGUGAUCAAAAGUAACGGCACGAGCAAUGGAGCGCCAAUUGUGGUCCCGCUACGGAGGGAAUCUGACGACGACGACGAAAUCGUGCCCAACAAAGACGUUUUGCACAAAAUUAAAGCCGAAAAUGGCGGCAAAAUUGUAAAAUCCACGGAAAAAUUGUCAGCAACGAAACUCAAAUCGCUGGAUUUGGUCAAAUUGUGCACGGAUCAAAGUGUUCGACCGUCGUCGGACUUGUCGGAAAAUGGAAAUUGCAAAACCGGCAAAUUCAUGAGCGAUAAUUCGUCGGAUUCGGGUUACGAGGAAGCGCAAGAAGCUCAGAAUUUAAUGCUGAAACCAAAAACGAAUGGAACAUCAUCAACGAAGCCCGUCGUCUUACCAAAUGGAAUUAAAUUGCAUGUUCAACCACAGAAUUUGUUACUUGCUGCCAAUUUAGCUGGAAUUUCGCAGGCUCCGGUAAUUAAUCAAAUUACAACUGCCUCAUCGACAACAGUUAUCUGCGUACCAAAUUCCUCAACGAGCGUCAUGAUGUCCGGUGCCGAGGCGCACGAGCUUCCAUCUGCAGCUGCACCCAUCACGGCAAUCCCUCAGGUAGUCCUACAACCCGCAUCAAAGACUAAUUGACGAAAGUUGUUACUACAUUUUUAGAAUUAAUAAGGUUUGAAGUUUCACAUUUUUUCUUUUUCAUCAUUUUAAAAAAAAAAAAAAAUCAUCAUUAGGAGAUAAAAUUAUUCCACAUUUAUUAUCCGUUUUUAUACGCGCAUUUACAGCAAAAAAUUGUAAAUUUCAUGAAUAAAAACACAAAAAAAAACUUGAAAACAUGACAUUUGUAGAUUUUAAGAAAAAUGAGAUGAGACACGAUUAAAAAUCGUCAAGUCUUAAAUUUAUAUCAGGAAUUUUUAUUUUUUGAUUACAAACAAAUAUGUGGUAC